UUUCCUCUCUCCCCUCACCCCGCGAGGCCGACCUUGUGUUUGUUUUGUUUUUGGGGCUCGGGAGAGUGCCGAGGGCUAGAAACAGCUGUGGUUUACCGCGCCGCUUAUUUUGGCAAAAAUUCCGGGCCUGUUGCAAUGUUCCCCAGCGCCAAACAGCUCCCGCCUUCCCCCCCCAGCAGAACCCGACACUCGAAGAAGGGCUUGCUCCUCCAGGGACCCCUUGAUAAGAAAAGUGGGGACCACGGCCCGCUCUCGGGCGAGCCUUGGGGGGUGGGCGACCGGAAGCAGCCGAACCGGCCGGGCAGGGCUUGCUCUCCAACGGGAGAGCGGGAGCGGGAGAGGUGGGAGCGCCCGCGGGCUCAAGUCCCCCGGGCCGCCGCGCCGAGGCGGAGCUCGGGGACGAAGCAGAGGUCGUGGUGGACAGCCGGCGGGCUUGGGGGGGGCGGUGGGCGGCGAUCCACCUGGGCGACGUGGCAGCCAUUGCCGGCGCCUCGAGACCCCUCCCCACCCGGCCGCCCACCCGCCCUCUCGCGGCGGGCUUCCGCGCGGCUGCUCUUCCCCGGCCGGACGGAGAGCGGCAGUGUCUCCCCGCCGGGCGCGCUCGCUGUGUCUCCCCCGCGGCCGCAGCUGCUUGCUAGCCCUGCGCGGCGCGGGAGAGCGCAGUGGCGCCGGCGGGAAAGGGCUGCGGACCUGCGGCGCCGCGUUGUGCGUUCGACGACGCGGCACCGGCUUCGACGCCCUCUGCCCGCUCCAGAAGCAGUUGAAAAUGCUAUGGAUUGUCUAUUAGAAUUAUCUGCCACUGAUACCAAGAUAGAAGAAUCAUCUUCACAAAGUUUCGUUGCUUCUGAGAACCAAGUAGGUGCAGCAGAAAGUAAAAUAAUGGAAAAACAUCCUGAAGAAGAGAGUGAAGAUUCAAAAAUGGAUUCAUUUUUGGACAUGCAGCUAACUGAAGACCUGGAUUCCUUAAUACAGAAUGCUUUUGAGAAAUUGAACUCUUCUCCUGAUGACCAAGUAUACUCAUUUUUGCCUUCACAAGAUGUUAAUAGUUUUAAUGACUCGAGUGAGUUUAUAAAUCCUGAUUCAAGUAAUAUGACUCCCAUUUUUUCUACACAAAAUAUGAAUUUGAACGGUGAAAAUUUAGAGAAUUCUGGUUCUACUUUAAGUUUAAACCCAUUACCUUCACAUUCAGUUUUGAACGAGUCCAAGUGUUUUAUAAAGGAUAACACAUUGGCUUUGGAAAGUAACUACCCAGAAGAUUCUCUUCUCAGUAGUUCUUUAAAUGUAGCAAGUGACUCCAUCGCAGGUUGUAGCAGUCUCAAUCAAAAACAGAAAGAACUUUUAGAAUCUGAGUGCGUUGAGGCUCAAUUCUCUGAAGCUCCUGUAGAUUUGGAUGCCAGUGAACCUCAGGCUUGUUUAAACCUUCCAGGGCUUGAUUUACCAGGUACAGGUGGGGAUCAGAAAUCUACUCGGGUCUCUGAUGUGUUUCUACCUUCCGAAGGGUUCAACUUCAAGCCACACAAACAUCCUGAACUGCCAACUAAGGGGAAGGAUGUGAGUUACUGCCCGGUACUUGCUCCUCUCCCAUUACUGUUGCCUCCUCCGCCACCUCCACCGAUGUGGAAUCCAAUGAUUCCUGCUUUUGACCUCUUCCAAGGAAACCAUGGCUUUGUAGCUCCUGUUGUAACCACAGCUGCACACUGGAGAUCUGUCAACUACACAUUUCCACCCUCAGUUAUUUCUCACACUUCCCCAACAAAAGUAUGGAGAAAUAAAGAUGGAACAAGUGCUUAUCAAGUACAAGAAACCCCAGUUUCUCAGGUUGUAAGAAAGAAGACAUCUUACGUUGGACUAGUUCUUGUUCUUCUCAGAGGUCUUCCGGGAUCUGGAAAAUCUUUUUUGGCAAGGACUUUGCAAGAGGAUAAUCCAAGUGGAGUCAUUCUUAGUACUGAUGAUUAUUUUUAUAUAAAUGGACAGUACCAGUUUGAUGUAAAGUACUUAGGAGAAGCACAUGAAUGGAACCAGAAUCGUGCAAAAGAAGCAUUUGAGAAGAAGAUAUCUCCUAUAAUUAUAGAUAAUACAAACCUACAGGCAUGGGAAAUGAAACCGUAUGUUGCUUUGUCUCAGAAACACAAAUAUAAAGUCCUUUUUCGGGAACCAGACACAUGGUGGAAGUUUAAACCAAAGGAACUUGCAAGGCGUAACAUUCAUGGGGUAAGCAAAGAAAAAAUAACAAGAAUGUUGGAACAUUAUCAACGUUUUGUUUCAGUGCCAAUAAUUAUGAGUUCUUCGGUUCCAGAGAAAAUUGAACGUAUUGAGUUGUGUGCAUAUUCUCGUGAGGAUAGAAGCACUAGCCCAAAAGACAAUGAAGAUAUUAUCUCUGAAAAAGAAGAAAAUAUGUUAUCUUCAUCUUUGAAGCAUCUAGAGUUCACUGAAGAGAAGAAUCUUGAUGUAACCAAAGAAACAAUGUUACCUGAGAAUGUUGCAUAUCUCUGUAAUGCAGAUUUAAACAAAAGAAGAAAAGAAAUUAGUGAUAUGAAUCCUAGCAUUCAAAGUGCUUUAAUUCUGGAAACUCCACACAUGUAUUUUUCUGACUCUGAAGGCAAACUACAGGUAACAGACAAAAGUGAAAAAGAGCAAAUAGAAAUGGUGGCUGUAAAAGGGUAUAGUAAAACUGACACAGAUAGUUCUAUGGAGAGAGUAUCACCUAGUACUUGCUGUAGUGAAAAUAAUCAAGAAGACUGUGAUCUUGCAAAUACUGGACCACUUCAAAAUGAAAAAUCCUCACCUGGUGAAAUAGUGGAAGAAAGAGCAACAGUAAAGAAAAAAGCCUUUGGGAAACAAAAAAGCAAAUCGACUUUGGAAAAGUUCCCAAGAUAUGAGCUAUCAAAUUUUGUUGGUGACUGGCCAGUUGAUAAGACUAUUGGUCAGAGGACAAAAAGGAACAGAAAAACUGAAAAAACUUCAUCUGUACAAAGCGACAAAAAGUAUAAUUACCCUCAGUCACACAAAUUAGUUAACAGUGUAUCUGUGAAUACAGAUUGUGUCCAGCAACGAGGAUCUCCACAUGAAAGUGUAGAGGAUGGCAGAAAGUCACAGUGUGAUGAUGCUUCAGAGCCACUCAAUAGCUGUAAAUAUGAUGCUUAUAAAAAUAUUGAAAAAAACUCAUUCAACAUUAUGGGUGACUGGCCUUCAUCUGAUUCUUUAGCUCAGAGGGAACACAGAUCAAGAAUGCCAAAGACUGGUUUAAGUGAGCCCAACCUAGAAAUUGGAACAAAUGACAAAAUGAAUGAAAUAUCCUUAUCUAUAGCACAUGAGGCCUGUUGGGGCACAAGCUCUCAAAAACUAAAGACAUUGGGUAGCUCCAAUCUAGGAAGUUCUGAAAUGCUACUCAGUGAAAUGACCUGUGAGAGUCAGACUUGUCUAAGUAAAAAGAGUCAUGGGCAACACACAUCGUUGCCUCUUACUUUUACCAAUAGUGCACCAACUGUUUCUGGAGUAGUAGAACCACAAACGUUAGCUGAAUGUCAAGAGCAAAUGCCUAAGAGAGACCCUGGAAAAGAAGUAGGCAUGUGCACCCAGACUGAACCACAGGAUUUUGCUCUUUUAUGGAAAAUAGAAAAGAAUAAAAUUAGCAUUUCAGAUUCUAUCAAAGUAUUAACAGGAAGAUUAGAUGGAUUUAAGCCGAAAGUUUUCAAUAUUAACACAAAAUCAGACGUUCAAGAAGCAAUUCCAUAUAGAGUAAUGUAUGAUAAAAGCACGUUUGUUGAAGAAAGUGAGCUUACCAGUGCAGAUGAAUCUGAAAAUCUUAACAUUCUUUGUAAACUGUUUGGAUCCUUUUCAUUAGAAGCCCUGAAAGACUUAUAUGAGAGGUGUAAUAAAGAUAUUAUUUGGGCCACAAGCCUUUUGUUGGAUUCUGAAACUAAGUUAUGUGAGGAUACAGAGUUUGAGAAUUUCCAAAAAUCAUGUGAUGGAUCACAAAUUGGGCCUUUUUCUCUGGGGUUGAAUUUGAAAGAAAUUAUUAGCCAAAGAGGAACUUUAGAGAAUUCUAAUUCUCCUGUGCCAGAGUUUAGCCAUGGGAUUGGUAUUAGUAACGCUGACUCACAGUCUACUUGUGAUGCAGAAAGAGGAAACUCAGAGCAGGCGGAAAUGAGAGCUGUCACUCCUGACAACCAUGAAUCGAUGACAAGUAUAUUUCCCAGUGCUGCUGUGGGUCUAAAGAAUAAUAAUGACAUACUUCCUAACAGCCAGGAAGAACUUUUAUAUAGCAGUAAGCAGUCCUUUCCAGGUAUUCUAAAAGCUACUACUCCUAAAGAUAUGAGUGAAACAGAAAAAAACCUAGUAGUCACAGAGACUGGAGACAACAUACAUUCUCCUUCACAUUUCUCUGAUAUUUUUAACUUUGUAUCUAGUACUUCAAAUCUUGAAUUAAAUGAAGAAAUUUAUUUUACUGAUUCUCUUGAAAUAAAGAGAAAUGAAAAAUUUCCAAAGGAUUAUGUGAAAUUUUCAGAUGAAGAAGAAUUUAUGAAUGAAGAUGAGAAGGAAAUGAAGGAAAUUCUAAUGGCAGGAAGUAGUUUAUCAGCUGGAGUUAGUGGGGAAGAUAAAACCGAGAUAUUGAAUCCCACUCCAGCGAUGGCCAAAUCUCUGACCAUAGACUGUCUGGAAUUGGCAUUACCCCCUGAACUGGCUUUUCAACUUAAUGAAUUAUUUGGUCCUGUUGGUAUUGAUUCAGGGUCUCUAACAGUUGAAGAUUGUGUGGUUCAUAUAGAUCUGAAUCUGGCGAAAGUGAUUCAUGAGAAAUGGAAAGAAUCUGUAAUGGAGCGACAAAGACAAGAAGAGGUGUCUUGUGGCAAGUUUAUGCAAGAUCCUUCCUUGGUUGGACAUACUGGGCUUGAUAAUCUCGAACAAAAAUCAUCUCAGAGAACAGGCAAAAAAUUACUGAAGACUUUAACAGCAUCUGAAAUGCUACCUUUAUUGGAUCAUUGGAAUACUCAAACUAAAAAAGUGUCACUCAGAGAAAUAAUGUCAGAAGAAAUUGCCUUACAGGAAAAACAUAAUUUGAAAAGGGAGACCCUUAUGUUUGAAAAAGAUUGUGCCACUAAACUAAAGGAGAAGCAGCUCUUUAAGAUAUUUCCAGCCAUUAACCAAAAUUUUCUGGUGGACAUUUUCAAGGACCACAACUAUUCAUUAGAACACACAGUGCAAUUUCUUAACUGUGUUCUUGAAGGGGACCCUGUAAAAACAGUUGUAGCCCAAGAGUUUGUUCACCAAAAUGAGAAUGUCACAUCUCAUACUGGCCAGAAGUCUAAAGAGAAAAAGCCAAAGAAAUUAAAAGAGACUGAAGAAACACCAAGCGAACUGUCUUUCCAGGACUUUGAGUACCCAGACUAUGAUGACUACAGAGCAGAGGCUUUCCUUCACCAACAGAAGAGGAUGGAGUGCUACAGCAAGGCCAAAGAAGCUUAUCGGAUAGGGAAAAAAAAUGUCGCCACCUUUUAUGCCCAGCAGGGUACUCUUCAUGAGCAGAAGAUGAAAGAAGCCAAUCACCUUGCUGCCAUAGAGAUCUUUGAGAAAGUCAAUGCUUCGCUGCUGCCACAGAAUGUUUUAGACCUCCAUGGGCUGCAUGUGGAUGAAGCUCUAGAACAUUUGAUGAGAGUUUUAGAGAAGAAGACUGAAGAAUUUAAGCAGAACGGUGGGAAGCCCUAUUUGUCUGUGAUUACGGGAAGAGGAAACCACAGCCAGGGAGGAGUUGCUCGCAUCAAACCAGCUGUCAUUAAGUACCUCAUAAGCCAUAGCUUCAGGUUCUCUGAAAUUAAACCAGGGUGCUUGAAAGUCAUGCUAAAGUAAAAUAAACAUCCUUGAAUUAGAAGUAUGAAGAAUUUAAUAGAGAAACAAGACUAGAACACAUCUACAUCCUGAAGAGCCGUUUAUAACUUCAUAUUAUAUGAUGACAAAGUUCAUUAUUUUCCUUAAAGUUGAGCAAUUGACUUUUAUGGUCCAAUGAUGAACUUAUUAUUAAUAAAUGAUUGAAUUAACUGUGAGGCUUCUCAUUAAAAUACAAUAUUGCAGCUAUCAGUUGGAGAAUAUAUUGUAAAAUUUUCAGACAGUAUAUCAGAAAAAUGUUUUUAUUUGUACUGUAUAGAAAAUGUAAUUUUGCUGUUAACUCUGUACUUUUUAAAUUGAAAAUGUUUUAUAAAUUUGCUUUUAAAUUUUCUUAUGAAGCCAUUUGCAAAUUACAUACUUAAUUUAAUAAAAUACUUUAGCCACAGUCCAGUGUGAGGAAAUCCUUCAUUUGAUGUAUUAGGGUUAGUGGUUUAAAUAUUUUAAAAUAUUUUUAUGUCUAACUUUGUAAUUUCAGGGGGAAAGUGUCAUAAAAAUUUUAUUUCUGUACCACAACUUUUCUUCUAGUUUGCGUUUUCUGUAGCAAAUAAGAGUCUACUUUUGAACCAGAUAAAUGGAUUAGCUAUGGUUUCUCUCCUCACACCCUGUAUCUUUUGACUGAUAUCAAAAUUAAGAAUUGUAUCUCUUAGAGGCCAGACGCGGUGGCUUAUGCUUGUAAUCCCAGCACUUUAGGAGGCUGAGACGGGCAGGUUGCUUGAGGUCAGGAGUUUGAGACCAGCCUGGCCAACAUGGUGAAACUCUGUCUCUACAAAAAAUUAGCCAGGCAUGGUGGCAUACACCUGUAAUCCCAGGCAUGAGAACUGCUUGAGCCUGGGAGGUGGAGGUUGCGAUGAGGCGAGAUUGUGCCACUGAGCUCCAGCCUGGGCAACAGAGCGAGACCAUCUCAAAAAAAAAAAAAAAAAAAAAAGAA